AUGAGCCAAUUACUCGGAUCAAAGCUAAAGAAAGCUAUACCAAGAUACGUUGAUUACAGGAAAACUGUAUCAAAAACACCGGUAAGAACUGAGGUUUUUGAUUGGGUUAGUGAGAAUGGUGUAAUGACCAGUAAAAGAUAUCCGUAUAAAGAAAAUGACAGUGUUUCAUGUCCGAGCGAAGAAAGACGACAAAAACUAUAA